AUGUGGCAGGCAAUUCUGAUCUUUGUCUUGUUUGCUCCAGGAGAAGACACCUUUCCAGGGAUCAUUGAUAUACAUGGACUUGGAGGAGGUCUUUUUGAGUCCAGAGCAAGCCUGCUGGCCAAUCAUGGCUUUGCCACACUCGCCCUGGCUUAUUAUCAAUUUGAGGAUCUGCCCCAGGAACCAAAGACACUCCACCUGGAAUAUUUUGAAGAGGCAGUGAACUAUAUGCUGCAGCACCCACAGGUGAAGGGUCCAGGGGUUGGCCUGCUUGGUUUCUCCAAAGGAGCCGAAGUGUCCCUUGCCAUGGCUGCCUUCCUGAAGAACAUCUUGGCUGUUGCUUCCCUCAAUGCCCCUGUUGCUGUUACAGCGAUUCCUCUCUCUUACAAAAAUAAAAUCAUCCCCACUGUGGCCUUACAUGAACACAAAGCCAAGGCCACCAAUUCCAAAUUUCUUGACUAUUCUGAUGGCAUGGAUGAUCCCUUUCAAGCUCCUGGCGACCAAAGCCGGAUCCCACUAGAGAAAGGUGAGGCACAGCUUCUAUUCAUGGUGGGCCAAGAUGACUGUGUUGUCAAAAGUGAGUAUCAUGCUACUGAAGUCUGCAAGCUUCUGCAAGCUCAAGGGAAGAAAAAUUUUCAGAUUCUCUCCUACCCUGGAACAGGGCACUGCAUAGACCCACCCUUUUUCCCUUUGUACCACAUAGGAAGCCACCCUGUUUUUCACAAGCGAGCAGCCCUGGGUGGGGAGCUCAGGGCUUAUUCUAAAGCUCAGGUUCAUGCUUGGUCACAGAUCCAGGCAUUUUUCAAAAAGUAUUUAAUUGUUAACUAAUGUGCAACAAAUAAUGUGCAAGUAACACACCAUUUUGAACAACCAGAUCUGAUAAAUUCUACUGCAGUUAUGAGGUCAAACCUUUGUCACAGCUGUACCAGUAAAACUGCAGUAUCUUUCAUACCUUUGCAUAUCCAUAACACAGAAAAUAAAUGGGCUUGCCUUUUCUGUCCCCCUCUCAGCCUUUCUGCUCAAGUGUCCAGAAAAGGAAUGGUGGGUUUUGCAUUAGUCUUUGAUAAAACAGGUCAUGUGCAAAAUGCACAGUUAUGUUUCUUGGGUGGUUUCUAUUCCUCUAAUACUUGACAGUCCUUUCCAUGUCACUGUGGUCUCUACAUGAAUAUGCUAUCCUCAGGUCAUACUAAUUGUCUCUAAUGACAGUUUUGGAGCAGAGAUUUCACUGCUCUUCUGGUGACUGUGUCAUUGCAAUGGAAAUGUCUCUGACCUCUGUGCUGCUGGAAGUGUGUAAGAAUGGCUGCUAUGGCCAGGAUGCUGGGCUCUCUCUGGUUAAGCCUUGGAAAAGGUCGUUUGCCUUUUGUGCCUUCUUUCCAUCUUCCCUUCCAAAGGAAGUGCUCUGGCUUGUGGAUACUUCUGGCCCCAAGAUAUGCAAAAAAGCUUUCUGUUGAAUUUACAGCCAUUUUGAUCUUCUCCUACAUGAUGUGGAGCAUUUUAAUCUUUGUUACUGGGAUGAGAAUUGUAAUAAAGAUUUGAAAGCCAUGGAGUCUUUUGCUGUGCUUUGGUUAGAAGCAGGGUUUGCAGCUUGACUACCUUCUCAUCCCAGGGUGAAGGCUUAAGAAAGCUUGCAGCUUUGGGAUCAAAGGUUACCCAGGUGGGAUCAGGAGACCAUAGAAGAUGGACACUUAGUCCCCUUACCUUCACUCUAUUCCACAGGUCUUGUGUCACCAAGCAUGGAGGAGAAGGAAUUUUGCUGAAGCCUCCAGGACCCUUAGCAUCUGCUCCCGCAUGUGGUCAAGCCCAUGAUCAAAUCCAAUAGUGUAAGCCACAGAGUGUUGUUCUCAACAACAGGAAUAGUUGCCACACAUUCAGGGCUGGACACCAGACAACAAACCCAAAUGAUAGAUGACAGAACACCUCACCUGUUUGGAGAGAAAGGGUAAUUUCCAUGGUCAAUGAAACAGUGCCCAAUAUCUCUGACCACUUAGUAUUUCCAAUUAGGGCAAUGUAAGAUUCCCUUAGAUGCUUCUACUUUCACACCUCUAAGACAGGCAUGAGGAGCUCGGAGCAUGAGGCAUCCCUGCCAGCAUCUUCCUGGAAGAGUGGGAGCUUCAGGAAACAGCUCUCCCUCUGCAGUUCCUUUUGGAUCAGAAGAUCCAUCUCUGCCUAAGAUGGACUGAAUGACCCUGUUUUUUAAAUCCUUGCACAAUCCAUUAUUAGAAGAGCCACAUGUUUCCUGACCUUCCUAAAUAGUCUGAGAAAGUGCUCCUCCCUUAUUGCUCCUGCAUCCCUGAGCACCCUGACCAUCCUUCCUAACACACCUGGCUGUGCAGCUUCCUAGGCCGGGCAGAGCUUGGUGGAGACAUAACCCACCUUGCCCAUGCCUUGAGGUAACGAACAGAGAAGCAGAGCAGGCAAGGAGACAAGAAGCAAUGGUGAGCGAGUGCUGGUGUGGCUUCUGCCCGUCUCGGCUGGAGCUGGCCCUAGCUGCGGCCGCUUGGCUGUGCCGUGCAGAGCUGUCCCAUCUGUACAGUCUGUCCCACACCGGCCCUUCCCUGUCCCAUCUCUGUACGAUCUGUCUCACACCGGCCCGGCCCCUCCAGUGAAUUCCGACUGCGAUUUUGCUCGGUGGCUCGUCUCCUGCCCGCAGCCACCGCCCGGCCCGGGAGAGCUCGGUGAGACACCGAGGACCUCGCCGAGGCCCAGAGGGGUUCAAGGACUCGGCAAUGUUUGGAUGAAGCCUCCCACAGCCGGAGAAGGCAGCGGGGGGAAGACGGAAGAGGAGGCAGGCAUUCAGGGAAGUAGGGA